AUGGCUCGUUUACUUCUUGCACCAACUUAUGCAGUGGUUCUAUUAGCAUUAAUUAUAACAGUUAAAUCGGAAACCACUGGUCAACAUGAAUUUCAUGCAUCCUUGGAUGAGGAUUUAAAAUAUUUGCUCGAUUGGACUUUUGAUAAUAAUAAGAAAACCAUGACAUUUACCGUAAGAGUGAAGACAACGGGUUGGAUAGGAUUUGGAAUUUCGCCUUAUACUGGUAAAAUGCCUGGAUCUGACAUUGUUAUUAUGUGGGUUGAUAAUAAUGGCAAAGUCUACUUACAGGAUCGAUUUGCGGAAAGCAGAUCAUUACCGGUAUUGGAUAGCAGUCAAGAUUAUUACAUUGUAUCAGGUUACGAGAGGAAUGGUACAACAACGAUUAAAUUUUGGAGAAAAUUUAAUACUGGAGAUCCUAAAGACCUGCUAUUAGAUACUGGAACGACUCGGUUAAUAUGGGCUUAUAAUGCACAAGAUCCGCCGGCUACUACGAAUAUUCAAAUUCAUGAUAAAAUGGGUGCUCGUAGUCUGAAUUUAUUCGAGAGAAUGCCUGAAAAUGAUAAACCUUCCAUGCCAUCGGAUGUGCAGACUCAUGAAUGUCGUGUACUAAAUGCUACAAUUCCAGCCAGAAAAACGGCGUAUUGGUGUGUAGGCUCAAAAUUACCAGAUCUAACUAGUAAACAUCAUAUCAUUAAGAUUGAGCCAAUCAUUACGAAAGGCAAUCAAGGAAGAGUCCAUCAUAUGAUAAUGUACGAAUGCCCAGCUAGUCCCGACUGGCAUGAUUACAGUGCUGAUUGCGAUACCGAAAAUAUGCCAAUUGCUUUAAGAUAUUGUCGUAGUGGUGCUCUUGUGGCCGGUUGGGCUGUCGGUGGUGAGGGUAUUACUUUCCCGAAAGAUACCGGAUUUUCUCUCGGUGGAAAAGAUGAUCCUAAGUUUACUGUUAUUGAAAUGCAUUAUGAUAAUCCAGAGGAAAAAGCAGGUAUUGUUGAUAAUUCCGGCUUUAGAAUCUAUUAUACGAAGCAAAUUCGCAAGUAUGAUAUCGGAGUCUUAACUCUUGGCCAUCUUAUAACUGCUACUAUGGCCAUUCCGGAAAAGCAAUCGAGCUGGAAUAUUACUGGUUACUGUCCUCAAUUUUGUACUGAUAGGGCUUUGUACAAUCCUGGUAUCAAUAUCUUUGGAGUAUUCUUUCAUACCCAUCUUGCAGGUAUCGCCUUAUCCACUAGACACUUUAGGAAUGGCAAAGAAUUGCCAGCGAUUGCUGUCAACAAACAUUACGACUUUAAUUAUCAGGAAAUAGUAUACUUAAAGAACAAUGUGAUUGUCUCACCGGGUGAUUCAUUGGCCCUAACUUGUACUUACCAGACGAAAAGCCGUCCUAACGUCACUGUGGGAGGUCAAGCAACAACUGACGAAAUGUGCCUGAAUUAUCUGUUCUAUUAUCCUAGAGCACCACUAGCAGCAUGCUUUAGCUAUACUGGUUAUGAUACUUUGACACCAUACUUUGGCAAGCUAAUGAAACAAGGUGUAAUGCCUCCACCAAGCGGUAUAAUAUGCCAAUUCCAAAUUUUAAAUCAAUUGCCAACUACACUAACGACGUUACUGGCACCACUCCUUCCACUAUUGUGUUUUGAGAUUCCAUUACGUCCUUAUUUUAAGACUUUACAAGAAUCAAGUAUAACCAUGUCUAAAUUAGAGAGCUCUACCUGCGCUGUCUUGCUACUAGUAUCCGUAACAACAGCUGCAAAUUUUCACGUUUCCAUAGAUGAAGAUCUCAAUUAUCUUCUGGAUUGGUCGUAUAAUGAACAAGAUUCGACAAUGGAAUUUACUGUACGAAUCAAGACCACAGGAUGGGUAGGAUUUGGAAUAUCGCCUUAUACAGGCCAAAUGCCUGAAUCUGAUGUAGUUAUUAGAUGGGUCGAUAGCAACGGGAAAGCAUACCUACAGGAUCGAUUUGCCACUGGCUGGAUAUUGCCAACUUUGGAUAGUAGUCAGGACUAUACUCUAUUAUCUGAUUUUAAAGUAAAUGGAACCACUACAUUGAAAUUCCGUAGAAAGUGUAACACUGGAAAUCCAAAGAUCUGA